AUGUAUGUGCAGCCCUUGCCUUUUUAUGUGGAGAGUCACAAGGGUGCAUCUCUGCCCCCUCUGUUCCAGUGUUCUCCCCUGGUGUCCACCAGCAGUCACUUCUCUGUCACCUCACACUUGGAGCACAACAGGAAGCCUCAGAUGGGGCCCCUGGCCAACACACUGCACCCACGGGCCCCUCCACACUGGAACACACACUUCCUCAAUGAGCUGGCACAAAAGCUCCGGGACUGUGGGACAGUGCGCCUGCUCUCUCAGCCAAUCAGUGAAAUGAAGGACAGCUUCAGGGGCCAGGCUGCUCCACAUGGCCCCCUGCUGGACCACUACUGCACCCUGCUGGCACUUUAUAGACAGCUUGAUCCAGGCCAGACCCCGACUGUGACAGCAGAUCCCUUAGUCAGCACAGCUCAUGCAUACUACAGGCACUUUAGCAGGUCAGAGAUUGCCCCUUCCUCUGGUCUGGAAGCCCCUUCCUCCUACCUUAGCCUGAAGAAGAGCUCCACCCACAGCCGCCUGCUGGGCCACAAAGCCCCUCCCACCAUGUCCUGCCACCCUUGGCUGCCCCGCCCUUCUGUGCCCUUACCCUAUGGAGGGAAACACAGCCUGUACAGGGACAGCUUCCGUGUGCCUGCCCCUCACCCUGCUCCCUCUGGUCCCUCGCCUGUUGCAAUCCCAGACUGGCGACAACCCGGGCCUGAAACUGGUGCUGGAGGAGCUAAGAGAGGGCUUCUUAGGGACAUCGUGGAGGUCCCCAAAAUGUACCUGACAGAGAACCGGGUCUAUGGGGGGAACCGGACCGUACUGGUCUGAGACCGUGCCGGACCGUGCUGGUACGUGUGUGUGUAUCAGAAAGACAACUACAUGUGUGUAUUUUGCCAGAUGUCACCAAGUGUGAUCUAAAGUAUACAAGGACCAUGACCCAACUUUGGAGUCAACCGUCCCAGUGUUUUUUUGUGACUAUUUGUCAAAGGCCCAAUAAACAGGUAGGGUUUGAAGAGGACUGUAGUGGACUGAUUGAUUUGUCAAUCACCACCAGUGAUGCAUGAUCACGGGGUCCCAAGAGACACAACAUAUUUCAGGGAGUUGUAUGAAAAAGGCUACGAAGGCUGAGCUGAGAUCAGUUUGUGCAUGAGUGUUUCUUAUUGUUAAUGUUUUAAUGGGAGUGGGCUAAGCUUGUCCAAUAUCUAUGUUUAGGGGGUCCUUCAGUCUGGAGCUAGAGGGAGAUAGACCAGGGCAGUAUACUGUAAAUACUGACUGUAUGUAUGUAUGUAUGUGUGUAUGUGUGUGCGUGUGUCAGGGAGAGAGAAAUGCUGAGUAGGUUAGAGGUUAUUUUGGCAUCAUCUCACAAAUUACCCUCAGAAUCCACUGGAGUCCCUCUGUCCUUUCUGCCUUUUUCUCUUCCGCCCACCUGCUCUCUCGCUCUUUCACUCUCCUCCCCCUCGUUCCUCCCUCCGGCAACAUGCCAGAGAGAGAUGGAGGGAGAGAGAGAGGGAAGAGAUGGAGUAGGGUUAGAUAAACAUACGUAUGUU